UUUCUGCUCUUUGUGUGGGGUGGAUUAGCAGCGCUGGGUAGGUACGGGGCGAAACUAGAGCAUCAAUCGGCACAGAAGACGAGGGGAAAAAAAGAUCAGCAAACAAUAUAUCGCCGUCGCACGCCGCGACACCGUCCGCCUGUCUCUGGAUCUUGCCGGACGGACAUGCAAUUUACAGUACAUUUAGACACAAAGAUAAAGCCUGUAGACAGAAAUGACCAAUCAACCAACCAACCAACCAACCAACCAACCAACCAACCAACCAACCAACCAACCAACCAACCAACCAACCAACCAACCAACCAGGGAGCCAAAGAAAACAGAAGUAGAGACUGGGGUGUUGUGUGAGUGACGCCUUGUUGUUACCAUGACGACCCACGUGACCUUGGAGGAUGCCCUGUCCAAUGUGGACCUGCUGGAGGAGCUGCCCCUCCCGGACCAGCAGCCAUGCAUCGAACCCCCUCCCUCCUCUAUUAUGUACCAGGCUAAUUUUGACACCAACUUUGAAGACAGGAAUGCAUUUGUGACUGGCAUCGCACGUUAUAUAGAGCAAGCUACGGUCCACUCCAGCAUGAAUGAAAUGCUGGAGGAAGGACAUGAGUAUGCUGUGAUGCUUUACACAUGGAGAAGCUGCUCCAGAGCCAUUCCCCAGGUGAAAUGCAACGAGCAGCCCAACAGAGUGGAAAUCUAUGAGAAAACAGUGGAGGUGCUAGAACCUGAAGUGACCAAGCUCAUGAAGUUCAUGUACUUCCAGCGGAAAGCCAUAGAACGUUUCUGUAGCGAAGUGAAGCGCCUGUGUCAUGCCGAGAGAAGGAAGGACUUUGUGUCUGAGGCCUACCUGCUCACUCUGGGCAAAUUCAUCAACAUGUUUGCGGUGCUGGACGAACUGAAGAACAUGAAGUGUAGCGUUAAGAACGAUCACUCCGCCUACAAAAGGGCAGCUCAAUUCUUGAGGAAGAUGGCUGACCCUCAGUCCAUCCAGGAGUCCCAAAACCUCUCCAUGUUUUUAGCAAACCACAACAGGAUUACUCAGUGCCUGCAUCAACAGUUGGAGGUGAUUCCUGGCUACGAGGAGCUUCUGGCAGACAUUGUCAACAUCUGUGUAGACUAUUAUGAGAACAAGAUGUAUCUGACACCCAGUGAGAAACACAUGCUGCUUAAGGUGAUGGGCUUUGGUCUGUACCUGAUGGAUGGGAACGUGAGUAAUAUCUAUAAACUCGACGCCAAAAAGAGGAUCAACCUGAGCAAGAUUGACAAGUUCUUCAAACUUCAAGUGGUGCCUCUUUUUGGAGACAUGCAGAUAGAGCUCUCCCGCUACAUUGAGACAAGUGCCCAUUACGAAGAAAACAAAUCCAAGUGGACGUGCACCCAGAGCAGCAUCUCACCGCAGUACAACCUGUGCGAGCAGAUGGUGCAGAUCAGGGAGGACCACAUCCGAUUUAUUUCAGAGCUGGCGCGCUACAGCAACAGCGAAGUGGUGACGGGCUCGGGCCUUGACAGCCAGAAGUCCGACGAGGAGUACAGAGAACUGUUCGACCUUGCUCUGAGGGGUCUGCAGCUGCUGUCCAAGUGGAGCACGCAUGUCAUGGAAGUUUACUCGUGGAAGCUGGUCCAUCCCACGGAUAAAUUCUGUAAUAAGGACUGUCCUGGCACAGCUGAGGAGUACGAACGAGCCACGCGAUACAAUUACACCAGUGAGGAGAAAUUUGCGCUGGUGGAGGUCAUUGCCAUGAUCAAAGGGCUACAGGUUUUGAUGGGCCGGAUGGAGUCAGUGUUUAACCAGGCCAUCAGGAACACCAUCUACGCAGCGCUGCAGGACUUUGCCCAGAUGACCCUCAGGGAGCCUCUGCGCCAGGCUGUACGCAAGAAGAAGAACGUCCUCAUCAGUGUUCUUCAGGCCAUUCGAAAGACUGUCUGUGACUGGGAUGGGGCAAGGGAACCUCCAAAUGACCCCUGCCUGAGGGGGGAGAAGGACCCCAAGGGUGGAUUUGACAUCAAAGUGCCCCGCAGGGCUGUAGGACCCUCUAGCACACAGCUGUACAUGGUGCGCACCAUGCUGGAAUCAUUGAUAGCAGAUAAGAGUGGCUCCAAGAAGACUCUCCGCAGCAGUCUGGAUGGACCCAUAGUGGUGGCCAUAGAAGACUUCCACAAACACUCCUUCUUCUUCACACACCUGCUCAACUUCAGCGAGGCCCUGCAGCAGUGCUGCGACCUGUCCCAGCUGUGGUUCAGAGAGUUCUUCCUUGAGCUGACCAUGGGUCGCAGGAUCCAGUUUCCAAUUGAGAUGUCCAUGCCCUGGAUCCUCACCGACCACAUCCUGGAGACCAAGGAGCCCUCCAUGAUGGAAUAUGUGCUGUAUCCUCUAGACUUGUAUAACGACAGCGGCUACUAUGCUCUCACGAAGUUCAAGAAGCAGUUCCUUUAUGAUGAAAUCGAGGCUGAGGUAAACCUCUGCUUUGAUCAGUUUGUCUACAAGUUAGCUGAUCAGAUAUUUGCCUACUACAAAGCAAUGGCUGGAAGCGUUCUUUUAGAUAAGCGCUUCAGAGCAGAGUGUAAAAACUAUGGCGUGAUCAUCCCGUACCCUCCCUCAAACCGCUACGAGACGCUGCUCAAACAGAGACAUGUGCAGCUUCUAGGCCGCUCCAUUGACCUGAACCGUCUGAUAACCCAGAGGAUCUCGGCAGCGAUGUACAAGUCCAUGGACCAUGCCAUCAGCCGUUUUGAGAGCGAAGACCUCACUUCCAUCGUGGAGUUGGAGUGGCUCCUGGAGAUCAACAGACUCACCCACCGGCUCCUUUGCAAACACCUGACACUGGACAGCUUCGACGCCAUGUUCCGCGAGGCCAACCACAACGUGUCCGCCCCCUACGGACGAAUCACACUCCACGUUUUCUGGGAGCUCAACUUCGACUUCCUCCCCAACUACUGCUACAACGGGUCCACAAACCGCUUUGUACGUACAGCCAUUCCCUUCACCCAGGAACCUCAAAGAGACAAGCCAGCCAACGUGCAGCCUUACUACCUGUAUGGGUCCAAGCCUCUGAACAUUGCCUACUCCCACAUAUACAGCUCUUACAGAAACUUUGUCGGCCCGCCCCACUUCAAGACCAUCUGCCGUCUCCUUGGUUACCAAGGCAUUGCUGUAGUGAUGGAGGAGCUGCUCAAGAUUGUCAAGAGCCUGUUACAGGGCACCAUCCUGCAGUACGUAAAAACACUGAUCGAAGUCAUGCCCAAGAUCUGCCGCCUGCCACGCCAUGAGUAUGGCUCCCCAGGUAUUUUGGAGUUCUUCCACCAUCAGCUCAAGGAUAUCAUUGAGUAUGCUGAGCUGAAGACAGAUGUCUUUCAGAGCUUAAGGGAAGUGGGAAACGCCAUCCUUUUCUGCCUGCUCAUCGAGCAAGCUCUGGUGUCCCAGGAAGAAGUGUGUGAUCUGCUCCAUGCCGCCCCCUUCCAGAACAUUCUGCCCAGAGUCUACAUCAAAGAGGGAGAGCGUCUGGAGGUAAGGAUGAAAAGGCUGGAAGCAAAGUACGCCCCUCUCCACCUUGUGCCUCUAAUUGAGAGGUUGGGAACCCCACAGCAAAUCGCCAUUGCCCGUGAGGGGGACCUGCUGACCAAAGAGCGUCUGUGCUGCGGCCUCUCCAUGUUCGAGGUCAUCCUGACGCGCAUCCGCAGCUUCCUGCAGGACGGGGUGUGGCGCGGGCCUCCUCCAACCAACGGUGUGAUGCAUGUCGACGAGUGUAUGGAGUUCCACCGCCUGUGGAGCGCCAUGCAGUUCGUCUACUGCAUCCCUGUCGGCACACACGAGUUCACCGCGGAGCAGUGCUUCGGGGAUGGGCUGAACUGGGCCGGCUGUGCCAUCAUCGUGCUGUUGGGACAGCAGCGUCGCUUUGACCUCUUUGACUUCUGCUACCACCUGCUCAAAGUCCAAAGACAGGACGGCAAGGAUGAGAUCAUCAAAAAUGUGCCCCUGAAGAAGAUGGCUGACCGCAUUAGGAAGUACCAGAUCCUCAACAAUGAGAUCUUUGCCAUCCUCAACAAGUACAUGAAGGCGGUGGAGACGGACAGUUCCACUGUGGAGCACGUUCGCUGUUUCCAGCCUCCUAUACACCAAUCCCUGGCUACCACCUGUUGAAAUACACCCUUCACACAUAGUGCACACACAUACUUAAAACAAACAUAGCUGUGAUACUAAUUUCUGCCUCCUCGUGGUCUCCUAGGGGUAUAGAAUACAAUCAAACAGUUCCUCUAUCUAAAAUGUGGCUGUCUAUGAAUCCUUGAAGCACUCAGAAGUGGACCAGGCCAGAGGCAGAAGUGUAUACUCACACCUUUAUCUUUUUUUUCUUAUUUUACUAUCUGUGUGGCUCUCACUCAGACUCAUGCAUGCCUUGUCUUACUCCUUCCGCUGCACACAUGUGGAUUGGACACAAAUGCCAAAAGAGAAUCUCUAUCUUAAAAUCUGAAGCCACUUGUUUGAAGUCCAAGCUGUUGGAACUCCUAAACGCCUUUCAGAAUUGGCAAUCAAGAGCAAAUAAAAUCUAACAAGGUUUAAGAAAAAAAAGACUACAUAAUGCAACAGAAGAGCUAAUUUUCUAAGUUAUAUAAAGAUAUUUUAACAUGGUGCACUUAAAUGCUACUACAGCUACUAACCAUUCUAGCACCACUUAAUAACCUGUGCUACCAUAGUGUCUCCUCUAUUAUGGCCCAAACCUGUUUGUUGUGAUCAAACUCAUUUGUAUAAUAAUCUGAUCUGCCCCUUGUUCAUGGUGCACAGUGUCUAUCAUGAUGCAUUUACCUCACCUGCUUGCUUUCAAAGGUACAUUGCAUUCUUGAUUUGCUUUUAUUUAUCACUCCCUCUUCUCCCACAAUCUGUUUUUUCUUGCUUCCUCCUGACACAUUUUUAUUUGGUACCAAUUCCACUGUAAAUUUCACUGUUGAACUAAGUGAAGUGUUGAGUGUUGUAAUUGUUAUUGUUUUUAAUUAUUAAUAUUUUUAAUUUACUCAUCCUUGGUAUACUUGCCUCUCUAUUGGCUGGAAAACCUCAUCGUUUUGUUUUUGUCUGUUGAAAAGAUUUUUUAUAUUCUGUACAUCAAUACAGUGAUAUUAUUUACAUUUUUGAAAAGACACAUCUUCAUCUGGGCAAAUGCGUUUGCUUUUUCAAAAGUAAAAAAAAAACAAUUCAAGAAGAAGAUUAGAAAAUACCUCUAGGUUGUAUAAAGACAGUGCUAGAUUAACCUGUUCUGAGUGUGAAUGGAUGAUGUUUAUCUAGCAGACCUCUAGAAAUACUCUGCACAUAAAGGAAAACUUAACAAAAAUGUCAGCUAUCAUUAAAGGGCAGUUUCCUAAUAUAGUCAGUAUUUACUAUUGUUGGCUUUAGAUUUAGCAGUGUUAUCAGAAUAUGCAAAAUUUGUCCUUAUUUUUUUCAUAUGAAGGAAAACAAAUGAAUGAUUAAGAAGUAACUAUCCCUAAGCUGCCCUGGGAUCUUUUUCUGCUCUGUUUUGAAUGAACAAACUUUCUUUUGUAACUCCGGUGUCUUUUUAUCAUAUUUAUUCAACUCGACGUAUUGUUCAUUUAAAGGUUAAUCUAGUAAAAAUGAAGGUACCAAUGUAUCAUCUCAAAACCUUAGCAUGGCAAGUGUAAUUUAUUGUCAUCAAUGGCUCCAUUUGUGACAUGAGGCUUUGUUUAUGAUAUUGUUGUACAAGUGACCAUGUUUUGAAGUACAAAAAAGUGGAGAAAAGAAUAUAAAAUGUACAACAAGGGUCCUGCAAAGGAUUGAAGUAUUGUUGUAUUUCCAUGAAAUAAAAAAUGUUUAACUGAAAAAAAUUGCGAUUAUCAGUUUUUUUUAUUUCGCUUAAACUCAGUAUUCAAGUUGUAGCCGAAUUUUGUUUAAGUAUCCAGACACGGUAAACUUAAUAUUAUAUAUGCAGUCAUUCUUAAUGGUUAGGCUGAAAACUUGACAACUGAUAAGAGCAUAAGAUGUCAUCAUUUUUGUAUCAUGAUAUUAAACAAUAGGACAUACCCUUUUAA